AUGGCUGCAACUGUGGGAUCUCUCUUCUCUUUAAGCGGCAGGACCGCCCUCGUCACCGGCGGCACACGAGGUAUUGGCCAGGCAAUGGCCUUUGCAUUGGCCGAAGCAGGCGCCGAUAUUAUUCUAGUUCAGCGUGAUGAAUCCAACACAGCCACCAGGGACGAGAUUAUCAACCGCCUUGGUCGCAAAGCCUUUAUUCAUGUUGCUGAGCUUUCCGAUAGACAGGCAGUCAAGGGAAUUGUUCCGGCCGUGGUAGCUCAAGGAUCUAAGCCUGAUAUUCUUUUGAACUGUGCCGGUAUCCAGCGGAGACACCCCAGUCACCAGUUUCCCGAUGAGGACUGGGACGAGGUUCUCGAGAUUAACCUCACCUCUGUAUUUGUACUCUGUCGUGAAUUUGGUGCCUACCUACUGUCGCGUGAUCAGUCCGAGUUUCCCUCAGGCCGCCGGGGCUCCAUCAUCAACGUUGCCUCUCUCCUAACAUUCCAGGGUGGUAUUACCGUCCCCGCAUAUGCAGCCUCAAAGGGUGGUAUUGGACAACUCACCAAGGCACUCUCGAAUGAAUGGAUCAGCAAGGGCAUUAACGUCAAUGCCAUAGCCCCCGGAUAUAUUGACACCGAUAUGAACGUGGCUUUGAUCAACGAUGCCGAACGAAAUGCUGGCAUCAUGGCUCGAAUUCCAGCUGGCCGUUGGGGUAAGCCCGAAGAUUUCAAGGGCGUGGUGGUUUUCCUGGCCAGUGCCGCUAGCAGCUAUGUCUCGGGCGACGUCAUUACUGUUGAUGGCGGCUGGAUGGGUCGGUAA